AUGAGGCUUCUUCAUAUCGCAGUCGCAGUUUUCGUGACGUCCGUUAUUGCUGUGCGGCAAGGCCCGAUCACUAGAGGCUCCGGAUCGGCUAUGCCCACGACUACAGCUAAGACCUCACCAACAUCCGCCAGUUCUAAGACUACCAUUAUUUCCCAAACAACUUCUGAGGAGUCGUCAGCAGCGCCAACCACAACCACGGUUAGCUCCUGUGAGGAAUUUAACACCCAGAUGUCUGCGCUCCAAGCACAGAAAGCUAUCGAUAUGAGAAACUUAAAUAGCCCUAGAGGAUAUACCAAAGCUAAUCAGAUGGCUGUUAAUAACGAUAACAUCGCCAUUGCUCGGCUUGCUCAAAAUAUGCCGAGAGGUUGUUAAGCGACAUUAGUCCAUGAAUCAAGCUAUUGUGAUG